AUGGACGCCUUCAAAUCCGCCAACCAGGACCAUAUUGUCCAAGCUUAUGAAAAGUUACUGGCCGAUGAUCAAACCAAGCUUUUGGCUCAGAUUUCCAACAUCGAUGACCCUGUCAGACUCGUGGAAACCGUGAAAAGUGCUAUCCAGUUCUCUGCUUCGGCAGCAUCUAAGACUUUUUCCCAGCUUCCUGCUAGCUCCACAGGUUCAACCUUGGAAGAUAGUGAAGAUUUGGCCAGGUGGUCCAAAAUCGGCUUGGACGCCAUUUCCAGAAAUGAAGUGGCCGUGUUGCUUUUGGCAGGUGGCCAAGGCACGCGUUUGGGCUCCAGUGACCCCAAGGGCUGCUUCAACGUGGGAUUACCUUCAGGCAAAUCUUUGUUCCAGAUCCAGGCCGAGAAGAUCAGAAAAGUCCAGCAACUUGCUGGCAAAGGCGGCAAGGAUGCUACCAUUCGUUGGUACAUCAUGACCUCUGGCCCCACCAGAGAGGCUACCGAGCUGUUUUUCAGCGCCAACAACUACUUUGGCUUGCAGAAGGACCAGAUCGUCUUCUUCGACCAGGGAACGUUGCCUUGCUUCAACUUGUCUGGCACCAAGAUCUUGAUGGAGACGCCUUCGUCACUCUGUGAGUCACCAGAUGGUAACGGAGGCUUAUACAAGGCCCUUGACAAGGCCAAAAUUUUGCAGGAUCUCCACCAGAAGGGAAUCAAGCAUCUUCACAUGUAUUGUGUGGACAACUGUCUAGUGAAAGUGGCCGACCCUGUGUUUGUGGGAUUUGCCAUUGACAGAGAGUUUGAUUUGGCUACCAAAGUCGUGAGAAAGAGAGAUGCCAAUGAGCUGGUCGGGCUCAUCGUCUUGGAGGAAAAUACCAACAAACCAUGUGUCAUUGAGUACAGUGAGAUUCUGAGAGAAUUGGCUGAGAAGAAGGACCCACAGGACUCAUCCAAGUUGUACUUACGUUCGGCCAACAUUGUCAACCACUACUAUUCUGUUUCACUUCUUGAGAAGAAGCUUUGUCUGUGGAUUUCAUCACAGGAGUACUUGCCAUUCCAUAUUGCCAAAAAGAAGAUUGCAUGUGUGGAUUUGGUGACUGGCGAACAGGUGAAACCUUCGGAGCCUAACGGAAUUAAGUUGGAGCAGUUUAUUUUCGAUGUUUUUCCCUCAGUGGACCUUGAUAAGUUCGGGUGCUUGGAGGUAGACAGAAAGGAGGAGUUUAGUCCGUUGAAGAAUGCCGUGACCGCUGCCAACGACAACGCCAACACGUGUAAGAAGGCGUACUUGGAGUUGGGAACCAGUUGGGUUAAGAAAAAUGGUGGAAUCGUUCCUGACGGAGCAUUGGUGGAAGUUUCCAGUCUUAGCAGUUACAGUGGAGAAGAUUUGGACUUUGUUAAGGGUCGUGAGUUCCAGGAUGGCGACAAGAUAUAG